UAAACCUUCCUCAAGAAUCACUCUAUUGAUAGAUGAAAGUCGUAUGAAAAUCCGUUCAGUAGUUUUUAGUUUUGGAGUAGUUUUAUAAGAUGUAGUGAAUUGACGUUUUCCCCUAGACUUGCGGACACUAGGUUGCGUGACAGUCGUGCACGCUCCCAAUAUUAGAAACAGAAUAAAGAAAGUUUUGAAUGAUUCACGGUUAGUUUCACUAAACUUAAAUCGACCGGGAUAUGAACCGUGAUUACCUUUUAUAUUUUUAUAUUGUUUAUGAGUCCCGAUAUUUCGACGCAGUUACAUGCAUCUUGUUCACGGGUAAAUAUCGGGCAAAAUCUGGGGAAAUAUCGGGAGCCCAUAAACAAUAUAAAAGGUGAUCACGGUUCAUAUCCCGAUUGAUUUAAGUCUAGAGAAUACAGAAAGAACGGAAAUGGGCUUGAAAAAUAAGAAGGGGAUUGAACAGUACCUUGUCAGUGAGAUAAAAUGACUCGGGUUUCCCUCGUGGAGCGAGCCCGCUUAUUUUCCUUGAUCUGUCUUAUUCUUUCUCACUAACACAUUUUUUGUUAAAAUUCAUAUAUCUCUAUUACCUACUGGGCAAACAUUUAACAAAAAAAUUAUAUAUUAUGCAUACCUAAGUAAAUUUGUCAUCAACUAAGUAUCAAAAUAUUUUAUUUUGAGUCAAUUUUGGAGGCUAAAAUCAAUUUCAAAAAAAGUGUACCAAACUGCCCCGCUUCCCCCUAGUUUUGCUAGCCCAGCGAUUUUGAUAGCCCAGACAGUGCAAUUGUUAUUUUAAACGUCAAACAUCUAUGAAAUUAUGACUUAGCCUGGCCAACUUAGCUUGGUAUCACUCUAUUACAUAUUUGUUUGCACAAAAUUGCACUCUGCUUUCUGUACAAGAACGAUGUAGCCAAAGCGAAAAUAAGAAAUACGUUUGACACUAGCAACAUUUUAUGCGAUAGCGCAGGGGCUUCCUUCUAUUUUUAGAAACAAAGUUGCUGCCGCUGGCGGACAACCCCGGAACUAAGGCGGCCGCUCGUGGGUCGCGCGACGGUGGCGACAAGCGUGCCCGCAAACAUAAUGUGGUAUUCUGGUCUUAUCGUCGUGGGACUAUUGUACUCCGUUUAUCAAUAAUCGACGUUAACGUUACCAUACAAGGUUUAUAUUAGAAUGAAAAUAUUUUUUGUUAAGGAAACUUUAAUUUCGUAUUUCGCUGUUUGCUGUUUGUGUCCGAUCAGUCUUAGUAGUUUGUGGGUCAGUGGUAGGCUGGUGGCAUUAGUAGUUCCAGCCCGACUGAAACAGCCGCUUUAUUGUGUUCAAAGUUUAUUAAUAGAUUAAAACAAUUUUAGUGGGAAAUCGUAAUUGUGUGUUAAAGUAUAAAAAGUGCGUCGAAUGUACGAGGACGAGUACGCAGCCGCAAUGAUGCCGACAGUUGCAGGUGAAGGAGGACAAUUUAUUCUAGAGCCUGAAAGAUUUGAAGGCGUAUGUGAAGAAGUCAGUGACAAUACCAGUCCAGGAGAUGACUCUGCCAGUAGCGUGCUCGCGGCGCGCGCGCACGAGAGCGCCUCCAGCCCGGUGGACAGCGACGACGGCGACGGCGAAGCUGACGACUGCCAGCUGAGCAUGGAUCGCGGUCGCGGGGUGACGGUGGUGCGCGAGGGUGGGCGCGACGCCGACGGCGCGCAGUUCGAGCUGGACGAGGCGGCGCUGGCGGAGCUGCUGCUGCGGCCCGGCGUGGCCGCGCGCCCCGUCGCGCUCGUCAGCGUCGCCGGCGCCUUCCGCGGCGGCAAGUCCUUCCUGCUCGACUUCAUGCUGCGCUACCUGUACGCCGAGGAGAGCGCGCGCGCGGACGGGUCGUGGCUGGGCGCGCCGGAGGAGCCCCUGCGCGGCUUCAGCUGGCGCGGCGGCUGCCAGCGCGAGACCACGGGGCUCGUGCUCUGGUCCCAGCCCUUCCACGUCAAGCUGCCUGACGGACGGAAGGUGGUGGUGCUGCUCAUGGACACACAGGGCAGCUUCGACGACAAGAGCUCGAUGCGCGACUGUUCGUUAAUUUUUGCGCUCUCGACACUUUUGUCUUCCGUUCAGGUGUACAACCUCUCACAGAGGAUUAACGAGAGUGACCUUCAACAUCUUCAGUUGUUCACAGACCACGCUGCGGCGGGCGGCGGCGCGCUGCAGGCGCUGCAGCUGCUCGUGCGGGACUGGAGCGCGCCCGGCGACUUCCCCUACGGCGUCGCCGGCGGCGCCGACUACCUGCGCCACCAGCUGCAGGUACACGCAGAGCAGCCGCGCGAACUGAGCGAGGUGCGCGAGCGGCUGACAAGCAGCUUCGAGCGCGUGGAGUGCUGCUUGCUGCCGCACCCCGGGCUGCACGCCGCUACCGACCCAGCCUUCUCCGGCCAGCUCACUGACAUGACGGAAGAGUUCAAGGCGUCGCUGCGCGAGUUUGUGCCCCUGGUUCUGUCGCCGUCGCGGCUACGCGUGAAGAAGGUGGACGGGCGCGUGCUGCGCGCGCGCGACCUGGCGUUGCACCUGCGCGCGUACCUCGAGACGUUCCGCCACCACGUGCCCUCGCCGCAGAGCAUCGGGCGCGCCGUGGCGACAGCGCGGUGGCUGGCGGCGGCGGCGGCGGCGCGCGCGCGGCUGCGAGCGCACGCGCCCGGCCGCGCCGCGCCCGCGCGCCCCCGCGCCGAGCUGCGCGAGCGCCUGACCGCCGCCCGCCGCGCCGCCGCCGACUGCACCGAGCCGCUCGCCGUUCGCGCCGGGGACGAGAAGGGGUUUGCGAACCUGGAAAAGGAGCUCGACGACCUGGAGGCUGAAUAUAUUGACGACAACGAGAAGAAGAUAGCGUUAGCAGUGGCCUCGGCCAGAGAGCGGUGGGAGCGGCUGACGGCCGCGCUGCGCUCGCCCGCGCUGUGCGCGCCGGAGCGCGACCUGCGCGAGGACGUGGCCGCCGCGCGCGCCGCCGCCGCCGCGCGCUUCGACGAGAGGGUCGCCGCUCCCGAGGAACCCGAGCGAGCUCAACUUGUCCAAGAUCUGGAGAGACGCGGCGCAGUGCUGCUGCUGUCAGCGUGCGCCGCGAGCGAGCGCAACCACGCGGCGGCGGGGCGGCUGGCGCUGGCGGCGCUGCGCGACCUGCUGCCGGCGGCCUGCCUGCACCCCGCCGACCUGGCCGCGGCGCACGCCGCCGCCGCCCGCGCCGCGCGCGCCGCCCUCUGCGCCGCGCGCACGAGCCCAGCCCGUCACGACCCCGACCCGCACCUCGAGAACCUGGACGAGCGGAUCACAGCAAUCCUUCGCAAUCACGAGGCUCUGAACGCGGCGAGGAACGGACAGGCGGUGUCCGCCGCACAGCAGCUGUACGACGCGAGCAUGGAGCUGGGCGAGCAGUGCCGGCACCCGGCGGACCUGGCCGGCGCGCACGCGCGCGCCGCGCAGCGCGCCGUGGCCGAGCUGCGCGGCCGCCGCCGGGGACUCCGCGCCGCCGACACCACUGACACCUUCGGAGAACAGCUCGAAAAGUGGAUUGAAGACCGUUACGCCGUAUUCAUGCGUAUGAAUACCUGCAACAACGUUUCCGCGGUGGAGGACGCGUACGACGUGUUCUGCGCGCGCAUGGACGCGGUCGGCAUAACGCAGCUCUCCGCCGCCGAGCUGGCCCAACAACUCGCCGACGCCGUCUCCGCCGCUAAGGAAACUUUCAAGAGCAAGAGACUGUCGGAUAGUUCAUUCGGCGUUGAUGAUCUGUACUACAACCAACUGGAAGAGAAAAUACGAGAUAGUUUACGAGCACUACCGCCAGAAGAAUGGGAAGAAGUUGACAAAAGCAGAGCUGGCGGGCGCGCUGGUGGCGGUAGGGGUCGGCGCGGCGGCGCUGGUCGGCGGCGCCGCCGCCGCCGUGCUCGCGCCGGAGGCCUGCCUUGUCGCCAUCACUGGUUUGCUCCGCCUGUUCCGGCCCUAGCGGCGGAAACCGGAAUAAUUAUAGCUAGACAUAGUUCAAUCAUAACCAUCAAUUAUGUUGUUAAUAAUGUUCAGAUACCUAUCGACUACGAGUAUUAACAAAUUACAAAACCAUAUUCUAUAGGUAGCAUAUUGGAUUAAGCAUAUCUUCUUAAUUUGUCCGUUAUGUGGGCUAUUUUCUUAUUAUUAUUAUUUGUAAAGCAGGCAGGCACUUGAAGAAACUGAUAAUGCCUGUAUCCAGAGUCCUCAAUAAAGUUUUCAGUGUUGAGUAGAUUUUGUAAAGAAAAUAAAGGUACUUUUAAGUAUUGUU